AUGGUCAAUGUUCCGAAAACCCGAAGGACUUUCUGUAAGAAGUGUGGAAAGCAUCAGCCUCACAAAGUGACCCAGUAUAAGAAGGGCAAGGAUUCCCUGUAUGCCCAGGGAAAGAGGCGCUACGAUCGGAAGCAGAGUGGCUAUGGUGGGCAGACGAAGCCAAUUUUCCGGAAGAAGGCUAAAACCACAAAGAAGAUUGUGCUGAGGCUUGAAUGUGUCGAACCUAACUGCAGGUCCAAGAGGAUGCUGGCCAUUAAAAGAUGCAAGCAUUUUGAACUGGGAGGAGAUAAGAAGAGAAAGGGCCAAGUGAUCCAGUUCUAAGCUUUGGGAUUCUUCUUUUCGUUGACACUUGUAGCAACGUUAUCUGUAUGAAAAUAAAUGCAGUAAUAUUUUUGCUCAAA